AAUACACGGAUGGUAUUGACUCAGUUACUUAUAUAUGAAUGAAUUGCUAUGAAGGUUAUCUUGCUUCCAUAAAAUCUGCUUUGAAAUAGUAUAAAAUUAGUACUCUUGAUAUGGCAGGUGGGGUGAGAAUGAUUAAGCUUGGAUCACAAGGUAUGGAGGUAUCAACUCUCGGUUUAGGAUGCAUGACCAUGACCGAUAGUAUGUAUGGACCUGGCAAGUCUGAGGAAGAGAUGAUCAAACUCAUCCACCAUGCUGUCAACUCCGGAAUCACUCAUCUCGAUACAGCAAACUUCUAUGGACCUGAAACAAAUGAAAUCCUCAUCGGCAAGGCGAUGAAGGGAUUGGAAAGAGGAAGAGUGCAAUUGGCAACGAAAUUUGGGAUCAAAUCGGUUGAGGGAGACUGUGAUAUAUGUGGUGAUCCGGAGUAUGUUAGAGCUUGUUGUGAAGCUAGUUUGAAACGCCUUGAUGUUGAUUACAUUGAUUUGUAUUAUGUCCAUCGCGUCGACUCUCGCGUUCCAAUAGAGAUUACGAUGGGAGAGCUCAAGAAACUGGUUGAAGAGGGUAAAAUCAAAUAUAUAGGUCUAUCUGAGGCCUCACCCUCCACUAUCAGAAGAGCCCAUGCUGUUCAUCCAAUUACAGCUGUACAGUUAGAAUGGUCACUGUGGGUUAGAGUCCAUGAAGAACAAGUAAUUCCGACUUGCAGAGAGUUAGACAUUGGGAUUGUUCCGUACGGUCCUCUUGGAAGUGGGUUUUUAGCUUUGGGUCCUAAGUUGGUUGAUGGUAUGCUAGAUGAAGAUUCUAGGAAGAGCAUUCCAAGACUACAAGGGGAGAAUCUUGAACACAACCUUACUUUGUUUAAUAAGAUUCAUGAAAUUGCAAAGAAGAAAAGGUGCACCACGUCUCAGUUGGCUUUAGCGUGGAUCCUACACCAAGGGGCAGACGUGUGUCCCAUCCCAGGCACGUCCAAAAUGGAGAACUUUAACCAAAACGUCGGUGCUUUGUCUGUCAAACUCUCACCACAAGACAUGGUUGAGCUUGAAUCUAUAGCUUCAGUUGAUGCUUUUAAGGGCAGUAGAUUACCUCCCAAAAUCUUGGCUCUUUCAUAUGUUGAGACUAUGCCUUUGUCAUCAUGGAAAUAACUCUCUCCUUUGAACACAUACUUAAUUAUUGUGAUACUUAGCUUUAUUCCACAGUCAUAUGGUGAUAUGUCAUGAAAUAUCAUGUAGAUGCAUAACUAAUUGUGCACUUUUGUUUCAUCCUCUUGUAUUGGAAUUGAGUUUUAAGGGAAUUGUUCUUGAUUCA